GGACUACUGAAGGGCUACGCAGGUCGUUGAAGUUGACCAGUGGCGAGGGGGCCUACAGCAUGUUAAGGCCUGCAGACUCUCAUAACUUCUUGCAGAAGCUCUUCUACAAAGAACAGAACACUGCUCACCUCAGCGGAGUAGAUGACGCUGAAGGCAAUGCUUGGGUUCCGCCCGAAGUAGACCAGGAAAAUUUUGAGUUAAUGAUGAAGGGCUUCCAGCUUGCAGAAUUCUCAACUUCUGAAAUCACUGAGUUGCUGCAGCUGCUAGCCGGGCUCCUCAAUCUGUCCAAUGUUUCUCUUAUAAGAGGCGACGGGGAUGUUUUGCAAGUGCAGGACGCAGACGCUCAUGAGGCACUCAAGAAUGCAGCUUUCUUGCUUGGCAUAGAGGAAGAGGAACUCGAACGUUUGCUACAGUGUCGUCUCCUUGAUAUCUACGGGUUUGAGUCAUUUGGGCUGGAGAACGGGCUCGAGCAGCUCUGCAUCAACUAUGCGAAUGAACGGCAGCAACAGCUGUUCGUUCAGCAAGUGAUAGAGGAAGAGGUGGCUCUGUACACUAGAGAAGGAGUGACAAGCCCGGCGGUGACAGCACGAAACAAGUUGGCGCACCGCCGCCAAAAUGUAGAACACGAAACGGAACAACAACCAUCAGGCGAAAGAAUGAAACCACAGGGAUCUUUCAGGGCAGACCUUGAGCUCAGCCUCCUCUCCA